AUGAGGUUGAGAAUGGGAGAACUUUCGAAACUACCACAAGAGAUGAAGGUCCAAAUCCUGUCAAGGCUGCCUCCAAAAUCUCUUAUGCGAUUCAAAUGCGUCCGUAGAUCAUGGCGUGCUUUGAUCAGUAGCUCCAACUUCGCAGCCAAACAGGUCUCAGCUUCAAAGGACAACAAGCUCUCCUCCACCGCUACCAUUCUCUUCAAACGUUAUGUUCUUGACCUCAGCACUGAAAGGAGGGAUAUUGUUUUAUCAUUGUUGGAUCUUUGCAAUGAUGAUAUUAAUCGUGUCGAUGAUGACGACAACCUUAAGAUUCCAUUGGAGGACCUCCAUGUUCCACUGUCCAUGGGUCUAAAAAGGAGGGACAUAUGGACCGGGAUCGAGUGUAUAGAACUUGCAUGUCACUGCAAUGGGAUCAUUUGCUUAACUGAUUACAGAAAAAGAGUUGUUUUAUGCAAUCCAGCCAUCAAGGAAUUCAACCGGCUCCCGGUCUCAAGUCUUGCUCUCUCUGCCGUUGAACAUAAACCGCAAGGCUCAUCCACAGCUGCAGUGGGAUUUGGAUGUGACCUCAAAUGUGAAGAAUACAAAAUUGUUCGGGUUUUAUAUACGGCGCGGGAGUUUCAUGACAAUGACAUUGUCAUACAUCCUCCUAGAGCAGAAGUAUACAGCCUUGCUACAAAGUGUUGGAAAGAAAUCAAGGUUGGUGAUCUUGACAAUGGAAGUAAAAAUGUUUGGCCCGAUUCAACUGUCUCCAUAUGUUUUAAAGGAUAUCUAUAUUGGCGUGGACAUGAAGAUGAGAAGGAAUAUUUUGAUGUUCCACUUUCCUAUACAGACGAGGACGCCAAUUCAGGAGGAGAGGAAACUCCAACUUUCUUCUACGAGGACAAAGAGAGGAUCAUUUCUUUUGACAUAGAAAGUGAGACAUUUCAUGUCAUGAGAUUUCCAAAUGGUUAUUAUUACUAUCACAAGGUUUUUGGGUUGUGGAAGGACUCCAUUGCUGUAGGUCUUAGUUGGUGUGCUGACUAUCAGUGCGUACACAUAUGGGUGCUGGAUAGCAAUGGUGGUGCUGAGGGAUCGUGGAUAAACUGCUUUGCUAUUGAGCCAACUGUGUAUAUUGAGUUUCAAUUGGCAUUUGUUGGGACGAGAGGGCAAUCUAUUUUGGUUGCCGUGGAUAAAAGUGUAGUAGUCUUGUAUGACUACAUUACCAAAAAAGUGAAGUAUCUUCCUGUUAAUGGAGUGUCUCUCUGGAGCACUCAAGCUCUUUUUUACGAGUAUAGUGUAGUUUCAGUUAAGGGAUGCACUGAUUGUAGCGAUAGAAACCUUAUUCAGGAAGCUUGA